AUGUCAACAAAUAACCCGACCGCGUUCGGACCUCUGGUGCUGCAUGGCCCGGACGUACCUGAAGCAGACAUCGUCUUCAUCCACGGCCUCGGUGGCGACCGCAAACUCACUUGGACAAAAUCAGCAACUGGAAGUACCCAAACGUCAUGUUUCUGGCCCGGACAGCUCCUUCCCACGGACAUACCCACGGCCCGGAUCAUCACGUGGGGCUACGCCGCACAAUCCAUCAAAGCAUUCGACGUCGUCUCCGUCGCGAAUCCAACUCAACAUGCACAAAAGCUAUGCAACGAGCUGGCGAGCCUGCGCGAAGGGGUCGAAGAUCGUCCGCUACUGUUCGUCGCGCAUAGUAUGGGCGGUAUUGUUAUCAAGAAAGCGCUUCUGCAGUCGAAAGAUUCGAACCAAGUCGAUAUUGCGCCCAUUGCGUCGGACACGCGUGGUGUGAUCUUCAUGGGAACGCCGCAUUGUGGAUCGAAGCAUGCGGACUUUGCUGCAUGUCUAUUGAAGAUUGUCAGUCUGGUGCACUCCGACAAUGCGAAUCUUGUGAACGCAUUAAAGAGCCAGGAUGCGACGCUACAAGAACUGGAACACACUUUCCAGCAGCUACUUGCGAAGCGCCGUGGCACGGAUGCGGCGAUAGAAGUACGAUGCUUCUAUGAGACGGUGCCGGUGGACAGCAGGAUUGGUGUCGUUGUGCCCCCUCAUUCAGCUGCGCCACCGGCGUAUGAGAACUCAAUUGCUGUGGAUGCAAAUCAUGUUGGCAUGACUAAGUUCUCGGGUGCUGAGGAUCAGACUUACAAGAAUGUGCUUGCGGAGUUGAGACGGAUGAUUAAGCUUGCGAAGGAGAGGAAAGAUGCUGGCACCGAAGAUGGUAAAGAAUGGUCUCGAACGACACACAUUGGCGACAAUGACCGUGGCGCUUUAGCCUUUUAUGGGAGUCCGACUGCGAAGGGAAAUAGUGGAGGUACCUAUCAUUACGGCCGCAAGAUGAAAGACAAUGUCAGCGCUGCCACUGUUGGCUCGAUCAGCACAGUUACUAUUGCCCUUGGAUUGAAUGACUUACUGUGGUAA